AUGCAGUCAACCAAAAACGACGAUGACGAUGCUAACCAAGCAGCCAUGAUGCCCAGUGAUACUGGUACCGAGGAGGCAGAAGAAAGCCAACCAAGGCCACCUACCAGAAGAACUGGGACUAGCAGAACUGGCACACCGCGAGAUCUCGAUGAGUCGAACCAAUCACAUUCAACUUCAGACGAUGUUAUCGAAAAGGCUCUCAGGAUAAGAUCUUCUGGUGGCACUUGUGAAGCUGGGGAUGCCGAACAUCGAAAGCUACUUGCUUUUGAACAAGAAGCAAGAGCAUCCAAGACAAAAUCUAGUGACAAGUCUCACAAUGACAUCCGCCGUACUAGUAGAACCAGGACAAAAAAAUCAGCACGGAACAAAGAUACAGCGCCAACAACAGCCACACAAAAUACGUAUACUGGUACCGAAGAAACAUUGGAUCCUCUGGACCUCGCUAAAAUUGUUGAAGCCCGCCUAAAAGAUUCCGAUGACAAUCCGGCAGUGCAAGAGCGCGCAAAAAAUCUCCAUCCCACAAACAAAGGCCUACAGGCUACCUCAGUUGGACCAGAAACACAGGGAUACGAGGAAGAAGGUUUAUCCCCACUCGAUCUGGCCAAAAUUGUGGAAGCACGGCUACAAGAUUCAAGUCUCGACCAAGGUGAAAAUACUACCACUCCAGAAUGGGGCAACUCUCCACCGGCUGUAGACACUAUUGAGCAGCAGAACCACCAGGAACCAAAAUUAAGCGAUAUGUCGGGCACUGGUGAGGCCAACAGAAUUGGACUUGUCGACACCAAUGUAGCGCCGGACGAUACGGUACAAAAUGAUGACAAUUUUGGAAAUAUGCCUCCAUUGGAACGUACAACAGCCAACAGAAGGGCCCAAGUACUACCAGGAGCCUUCCCAAGCGGAGGAAAUUCUCAAGCAGGGGAGGAGGAUUUGGAAACCACAGAGAUGACACGCAUCGAACCAGCAACUACUCAGCCACCUACGAUCGAACCAGAAAAUGGCAAUAGUGGCUUGGCUGUGGCCAAUUUGGUCGAUGAGGAUGAGUACAUUGCACCAGAAGAUCUGCCCCAGGCCCAAGAUUACAACCUGGAAAAUGAAAACGGAAGCAUAGAAACAAGGAUGAAGGAAUUCAAAACCAAGGUCCUCUUGGGAGUCAUUGUCUUGUUGGCCAUCACUAUCAUUUUGGUAGCCAUUGUGACACCUAGAAAGAAACAAGAUGACCCCGUCCCAACAUCCACACCUAGUGAGUUUCCCAGCAGCAACCCAUCUCAGGGACCAUCGUCCUAUUCAGCAUACUGGCUGUCUCUUUUCCCUGAAUCAACAGUCUCUACAAUUUUGGAGGAUCCAGAAUCGCCCCAGUCGAUGGCAUUUGAAUGGCUCGUGGAAGAGAUUGACAUCCUACGCAACCUUACGGCGCAGAGAGUUGUACAACGUUUCGUCCUUGCAACCUUCUAUUUUGCCAACAGUGAUGAUCAAUGGUCCUUUAGUGACAAUUGGCUCAACCACAGUGUUCAUGAGUGCCUUUGGUAUUCAGGUUUGGAGGAUUUUUAUUUCUUUUUUGGGGCAGACCAACUGCUCCCACUGGAUCACAUCAGUCCAUGUGAGCAAGAUCCAGCGGGAUAUCUAGAGGAUGGCAUUUUGUACCAGGGAGAUGGAAUCAUGAGGCACUUGUGGCUGCAAUUCAAUGGCCUGGUGGGAUCAGGGAUUCCACCAGAGCUCUACUUGCUUACGGAACUUCGGAGCUUGGGGUUGGAUGAAUUGAACCUUACCAGCACCAUCCCAGAAGAGCUCUCUGGCCUUCCCAGUUUGGAGUAUAUUUCCAUGAAUUUUUGCAGCCUUUAUGGUUCCAUUCCUGAAGCACUUGGAAGUUGGUCAAAACUUGGAAUCAUGUACUUUGGCUGGAAUUCUUUGACGGGAACUCUUCCAUCAUCCCUGUUUUCCCUUACAAUGCAAUCCGUUGCUCUUCCUGAAAAUCAGCUGACAGGACCAUUACCAACAGAACUGGGAUUGCUAACAAAAAAAAAACUGAACGUCAACAGAACUGGGAUUGCUAACAGCUUUGGGGGCCUGAUUCUGAGUGGUGCUAUCCCCAAUGAGCUUGCAGCUCUUACAGACAUGAUACUUUUGUACCUGGAUAACUCGGGUUUUAAUGGGACAAUCCCUAAAUGGCUUGACAGCAUGACAUCCAUAGACACGUUGUUUCUGUCCGACAACUCCUUUACUGGGACUAUCCCAACAGAGCUUGGGCUUCUAACAGAGAUGCUUGUUUUGUGGCUUAAUUCGAAUGCUUUGUCCGGCACAAUCCCAACUGAAAUCGGAAUGUACGAGCAAGUCAGCCAGCUUUGUGGAUGUGACUUGUGUAUCUGUUCUGACAAUACAACAUCACAGACACUGGAAGGAGAAAGACUUGUCUAUGUAGACGGUCAGCUGCUACUGCUGAGUGAUGAGGGUUACCUGCUGCCGCUGAGUGAGGCAAACCUAACUGAGGGGAACCAAACUGAACCCCGAACCGAAUUACUGGAUGAUUCUGCUCAUUCGUGA